AUGCGGUCGGGAGGGCCACGACAGUGGGCAAAAAAAACUAGUCUUGUUACGGUGGUGGAACGCGUCAAUUUUUCGCUGUCCUUGUCCCAGAUGGUGAAGAUCCUGUCUGAUAUGUUGCUUUCUAGCCACGACCUGUGUGUAGAACAUGACUGCUAGUAGAUGAACCUGACCCGGUCCCCCUGGACGCGGCUGCAGAAGCAAGGCAAACCGCAAUACUGCAAGAUGCCCCAUAAUUCUCACGAACGACAGCGACGCCUUUGAACAUCACGCCUUGGACUUUUAUUAUUUUCCAAGAUUCACAACAAAACACUCGAAAGAAAAAAAAACACACACAAGCAACGGC